CGCCAAAGGAGGACGCCAUUGAUGCCCUGAGAGUGGCAUUAAAGCGCAUAUGCGUGUUCCCCCUGUUCAGAGACGGCUCAAACAGAACAAAGAAGGCUUAGUCAGCUGUAAUAUUAAUAUUGGGUUUUUACUCAUGUGCAAUACCAAACUGAUCAAUUUAAUUGUUUGUAUUGAAAUGACUUUGUUUGCUCUCUGUAAUGCAACCACCUGGGUUUAGUUUCAUUACAUUUCUAUCACUUAAGUCAUUUCUCAUAUAACUGUUAUUGAACUUCAACAACACGAGACAUUGCGAAACACAGUAUUGUUAUUGACGCACAUAGAGCGCAAGGGUUGAAAAUCGGAGAAGGGUUCAAUUGCGUUCCUGUAUGUGGGAAUUAAUGCACAAUCAUGUUGGAUGCCAGCAACGGAUUAACCCCGCCGGGGAGCAAACGGUAGAUAGCUAGCCAUACACCAGUACGUUAGACAGUGUCCUUCGUCCCGCUUGUUGGGCACUGGUUUCCCCCAGUUCUGUUAACGACGGUAAAGGAAGCUUUUUUAGUAGUCGGGAGCGAAGGACACUGGGUGCUAUCUUAACCAGCUGGAGUAUGAUGAAAGACUGCCCACAUGCAGCAGGAACGCCCCGAAUUGCUGGCUGCAAGUUUUACACUAUUGGAAUAUACCGAACUAUUCUAUUGAAUCUGAUGAACGGAACGGCAAGUCUUUCUCUGAGCUUCCUUCACCUGAACACGUUCGCCUAUGGAAAACAAAUAUUACGGGGAAAUGAAGGGAAAUGAAAAAGAAAAACGGAACUACAAAGGAACCCUAUGACUGUAACACAUCAUUCGCAUAGUUUUUCAUUAAUACAGCACUACACCUGCACACGGAGACUGAUAUGGACUUCCUCUGUUGACAACUUCCUCACUGGUGAGGGUCCGUAGGAUUCAAUGAGCAAUAGAGUUGACUGCAUACAGACGCAAGAAUGGAGUGAGCACAGUCAGACCUGACCCUAAGUUAUUACAAAGACUCAGCAGUACCAGGAUCAGAAUAUCAAAGGACCUUUCCAUCAUGGAAUCUCAACUUUCCAUUUCAGAAACCAUUUUGGAGCAGUGAAUCAAACAAAAUGGAUUACAAAUAUGACAAUGCUGGAAUAGAACUCCUGCUGGCUCACAUGAACAUAGAGGACAUCAUCGACGUGGUGGAACAUCUCUACCACACCAAGGAAGAGGAAAAAGAGGCCGGGGCGUCGUUUGCGGAGGGUCUCUCUCAGGAGGAGAUGGACAAGAACGAGGAGACAGUGGAUGAUUCGUGGGGCGAAGUGACAGGAGGGUCCCAGGCGACACAGCAGGGGAACAGUGGUGGCAGGGUAAGGUACGGGACGGUGUCGGACUUGCUCUCUUUCGUCAACCAGAUCUCUAACAUGCAGCCAGAAGUAUUGCAGCACCUGCCGGAGGAGAUGGGUGUGUUACUGAACAAGAAACACAUGGGGCUGAAGAAGGGUCACUAUCGCAUCGAUUCAGAUGUGUUACUGUUUCCAUGGAAGUGGACCUAUAAGACUCCUGGCUUCGGCGGCCAUGUUCCAAAGGGCUCUUUUGGGAAAGUCCACUUGGCCCAGGAUGCCAUAACCAGGAAGAGAAUGGCAUGCAAACUGAUCCCCAUGGAACACUUCAAACCAGCCGAUGUGGAGAUCCAGGCACGGUUCCGUCAUGAGAACAUUGCAGAGCUCUAUGGUGCUCUCCUCUGGGACCAAAACAUCCACCUGUUCAUGGAAGCCGGCGAGGGAGGGUCGGUUUUGGAGAAACUGGACAGCUGUGGCCCCAUGAGGGAGUUUGAGAUAAUCUGGGUCACCAAGCAAGUACUCCGGGGCUUGGAGUACCUACACUCUCACAAUGUCAUCCACCACGACAUCAAACCCAGCAACAUCGUCCUGAUGUCAGACAAAGCGGUUCUGGUAGAUUUUGGCCUGACGGUACAGAUGACAGAGAAAGUAUACACCCCUAGGGAUCUACGAGGCACAGAGAUGUAUAUGAGCCCGGAGGUGGUUCUUUGUCGAGGACACAACACCAAGACAGAUAUCUACAGCCUGGGCGCCACCAUCAUCCAUAUGCAGACUGGCAACCCACCCUGGGUCAGGAGAUACCCACGCACCGCCUACCCAUCCUACCUCUACAUAAUCCACAAGCAGGCCCCUCCCCUGGAGGACAUAGCGGAGGACUGCAGUGGUGUCAUGCGGUCCUUCCUAGAGACCGCCCUGGAGAGGAACCCUGCCAAGCGCAGCUCUGCAGCCAAGCUCCUGAGGGACGAGGCCAUCAACCCUCCCAGAGAGGAACAGCCACGCUGCUGGAGCCUGGACUCAGCCCUGGUGGAGGCCUCCCACCCUCUACUGAGGCAGCAUAGCCAGCAGCCUGACACCACACAGGAAUCCUCAUUGUACUCUGAGCCUGAGGACUCUGCCCACCUGAGGAGAAAGGGAUCCCUGUACAUCGACUUGGGGGCAAUGGCUGGAUACUAUAAUCUAGUGAGAGGUCCCCCUGCCACAGAGUAUGGCUAACCCUGAGCCUAACCUCUGAAGGAAAUUUGUAUUUCCUUCAGAGGUAAAGAUAUCAGAGAUAACUGUUACCUUUCACCUAGCCUGGUACUGGUGAACUGUUAGGUCAGAGACUCUCAAGAAGUUGAGUUCGGGACUCAUGAAGACUCAAUGGUGAAGGUGUGACUGAUGCUUUUGGAAAGAGAUACCAAAAGGACAGAACAUUUACAUUUAAGUCAUUUAGCAGACGCUCUUAUCCAGAGCGACUUACAAAUUGGUGCGUUCACCUUAAGACAUCCAGUGGAACAGCCACUUUACAAUAGUGCAUCUAAAUAUUUUAAGGGGGGUGAGAAGGAUUACUUUAUCCUAUCCUAGGUAUUCCUGAAAGAGGUGGGGUUUCAGGUGUCUCCGGAAGGUGGUGAUUGACUCCG